AUGCACCUGUUGCGUGGUACUUGCCAAGUAACACUAGUAACAACUUACCGGCGAAGGCGAGCUUACGAUAACAGCAGCUCUCGAGUCUCUCGCUGUUCUGCGCAGCUGAUCCUCGGUCUGGGCACGCCGCUGCAACUGGAGCGCGAGAGCGCGAUCGUGGGCGCGUUCGCCAAGAUGAUCUACGCGCUGCCGAGCAACGCGACGGCCGACUCGACCGAGGCGGACGCGCGACGCGCCAGCCGCAGCCGCUGGUCGCUCUACCGCAGCGUCGCCCAGCUGGCCGAGCUCUACGGCUUCGGCGAGGGCAGGGCGUGCGUGCUGCGCGGCAUCUGCGAGGCGGCCGCGGCACCCUUCGACGCGCACCACGGCCUCCUCCACCAGCUGCUGCAGACCUUUCUGUCGCCGUCGAGCAGCGAGGAGGAGUACGAGCAGUACCAGGACCGCGAGUACCACGCGGCCGAGCGGCUGGGCGGCCGCCUCGAGGAUCGGUCCGGCUGCCACGCCCUCUACCCCGAGUGCCGCGCCAGCUUGCUCGACGUCUUUUCCGGUGUCCGCCGCCGCCGCUGACUCCGGCUCCGUCGCGGCCAAGCGCCACGGGACCUCGGCCGUCGGCACGAGCUCUCGCUAUCCUGUCGUUCGCCUGAUCGUCAGAACGAUCCAUCCAGAGAGGGCGAGAACGAGAAAGCUGUCCGCCGGGGAAUCCGAAAUUACGCAGGCGCUGUCUCUACCAGUUUUAGACGUGCAGUCUUGAUUUUACAAUGUGCAGACUCCGGCCCGAUUCCCUUUGCCCGUCGUUCCCGCUGCUUAUGCUGGAUCGAGCCUUCCACCGUAUUCCCACCUCGUCUCACCCCAGCUCGCGCUCGCCGGCUAAUCGCUUUCCGAUAAAAACGGCGAGUGUCUUUCGGCUUGAAACACUCGCAAAUUGACUUUUCACGAUGUAGUCCACGCCGAGAGAGCUCGCGCCGGGAAGCGUCGCGACUAUCUCUGCGGGUACUCUCGCCCAGCUUGUCCAUUGUUCUCGAAUCCGUUUCCAGCUCUCAAAAUCCAAAUCAGCUUGGCGUGGUCGGGAUGUAACGCGGCUCGAACGCGGUAAACCGACGCGACAUCGUUGCGUCCGGGCUCUCUCGAUCGCCAAGCACCGGAAUAAAGGCAGGGCUGACGAACGGAGGAGGAAAAAACCGACGAAAAAACCGAAGAAAAGAGGCGGACUCGAGGCGCACCCGCAGCUUGUAGCGCUUCCGAAUGGCCAGAAGCGCGCGCACGGCACGUAAUGGCAUACGCGCGGCGGAAAAAAGUAUCGACAGGGGAUCCGUUGGACGUCCUGCAUUAGGAAAAGCCCUCGAAUUCGCUGGUGCGGAGUGACGUGGAAAUACUCGUAUCCGCCGGUAAAUCCGCGAGCGCGCGCGCGCCUCCGGACAAUGCGGUUAUUAAGGGGGAUGAUCAAGCGCAAACGAGUAGGACACGGACUCUGCUGGUCGUCAUCGAUCUUUCCGGCCGCCACUCGACGCUAAUUUCGGCGAACGCA